CACACCUUCAACAGUCAACACUCCACGCUCAAAUUUUAGACUUCAGCGAAAUUUUCAUUUCUUUCUAUCAUGUCUGACGCUGGCACUCCUGCGCCUACUACUAGCGGCCGCCGUGAGAAGGUCGCCUUCCGUUUCUGUCGUGAAUGCUCCAACAUGCUGUACCCUCAUGAGGACCGCAUCAAUAACACUCUCAUGUACCGCUGCCGCACCUGUCAAGCUACAGAGAGCGCGUCGAACAACUGUGUCUUUAGAAAUACUCUAGGGGGGUCUACGGGUGAGACUGCUGGCGUGACUACGGAUGUUGGAUCUGAUCCUACUUUGCCGAGGUCUAUGAAGCCAUGCCCAAAGUGUGGGGAGAACGAGUGCGUCUUCUUCCAGAGUCAGCAGAGAACUGAGGAUACCAAGAUGAGAUUGUUCCAUGUUUGCUGCUCUUGCGGUACUAUCCAUUAAAUACCCUUUGCCGUGUCGUGCAAUGGCGUGGCGGCAGGUCCGUUUUUCCCUUAACCCUUCAAGGUUCGGCGUAUGACGGGGGAAUAAUUUGAUAGAAGUUCUUUGCAUUUGUACUCUAUUCAUACUUUAAUGCAGAUAAAAGUCCAACUUGGUAUGCA